AAGCUGUGGCAUGUCUCGGGCUUUGCGGCUCGGCAUCUUUGCUUCUUUGGCUUCUAAUGGCAGCCGUGAGGUGAGAAUCGAUUUAGUUCGGUUUACGACGAUCCCAGAUACAAACGCGAAAAAGUUUUCGUUUCGGUGUGUGUUGUGCGGCGGACUUGCGACUUCCUAGAUCUUUGCCAGGAGUCGCCUCCAGGAAAAUAAAUCACAGAUCAACUACCAAAUCGUAGAACCAGCAGUGAAAGUUACCGGCUAAUUGCGGCAGGUGUUAAUCACGGCAAUUACGAACUGCAAAUUGCGCACACCGCACUUGGGAAGUCGCCGCUGGAAUGUUGCAGCCAUCACUUCUGGUGGCGUUGCUGCUCCUGCUGGUGCACUUGGAGAAUGCCAGCGGCAAGCCGCCCACCAAGGAGCUGCCUCGUCCGCUGAUCCCGCUGCACGACCAGGACCAGGAGGAGGAGCUGCAGCCGGAACUGGAGGCGAAGGCGACAUUCCUGAGCACGCGGAAUGGACGCUCGCGACGUCCCACUUUGAUGGAUGUGGCCUUGCAGCAGAGUGUGCGACAGGGUCUCGAUGCCAUGACCGAGCUGUACGGUCGGAUUCAGCCGGAGAUGCUGCGCAAUGGCCAAACCCUGCAGGACAACCAUCCGGCCGCGAUGCUGUCCCGCUUCAAUGCCCCCACCACGGACUCGGAACGACGGGAGAUGGCCGCCUAUGCCACCAUCGCCGCAGCCAAGGCCUUCCGCAAAAAGUAAGUUCCACGUACUUGUGGUUGGGUGUGUAUGUGGAUGGAUACGUGGAUUGUGGCGGGUC